AUGACUACAUCGACGACUUAUUUAACUAAAGAUUCUUUAUUUUUGAAACUACCAACAGAACCAACAACUAAUUCAAUUACAUUAAAAGAUCUAUAUAAUGAUUUAUCAGCAAAUCCAAUAUCAUAUGAUUCAAUAAUCAAUAAAACAUACUAUUUAUUAAAAUCUUCGUUAUCAUCAUCGCCAUCAUCUGAAUUGACAGUCCAAACAUGUUUGAAAUUAUGGCAAAUCAGAUUGACUUGUCAUUUAUUCAAUAAUAAUUUAAAUUAUGCCAAAAAAGAACUGAUUAAUUUAAAUAACUCCUUGUAUUUAAAUGAAAAUCAUAAUAUAUCACCAUCUAGUUUAAAUACCAUUAGUGGAGGAGCAAAUGGGAAUAAUAAUCUUCUUUAUCCAUUACCUAAGAAUAAUUUAAUGGUUAUUGAUUAUAAAUUAUUGAUUCUAUUAAUGAGAUUAAAAAAUUUCCCAAAUUUAAAUUUAACUAAUGAAUUAUACAAAUUGAUUUGGCAAAUUAGAUUAAAAUCAAAUAAUAGUCCUCAAGAUGAUACAAAUGAUAUGAAUAUAAUUUUGGAAAAUUUAAGUUUUGAUAAUAUUGUGAUUUUAAUAAUUACUAAAAAUUUCAUACCUUUAAUUAAUUUUUUAAAUCAAUUAAUUGAAGAAUUGAAAGAAUUGAAUAAAUCCAAAGAGAAUCAAUAUUAUUCGAAUAUUUGUUUAAUUUAUAUUAUUAUUAAUUUAAUCGUAUAUUGCAAAAAGGGGAAACUUGGAGGAAUAUUUGAUAAUGUUAAACAAUUAUGGGAAAAUGAUGUGAAUCAAUUCACUAAAAAUUGUUUAAAUUAUUCAUUACAAAAAAUAUCUCCUAUUAUAACUCAAUCAAAUCCAUCUGAAUCUAUUCACAAAUGUGAAACUAUCGAUGAUUUAGUUGAAUUGGUCAAUAAUGAUUUAAUAACUGGGAGAAUAAUCUGUUCAACUUUAGGUAUUUGGGAUUUAAUAAAUAACUAUGAUUUCACCUUGGCUGAAUCUGAAGAUGGUUUACAAUUCAGAGGCAAAACCAGUGCCAAUAAAGAUAUAUCCUCAUUGUCAGAUGAAGAUCUUGCAAAUGAAUGUUUGAAAGUGUUAGAAAGCCAAUGGUGUAAGUAUAUAAAUAAAGUGUAUGGAUUAGAAUAA